AUUUAAAUUAUUGGCAGCAAAACAAAAGGGUCCUUGUGGAAUGUACCUACUCAAAGACGCUUGGCACCUCAUUCAACCAACGUGUUAUAGGUUUCGGUGCCUUUCUCUUUUUUAAUUUAAUUAAUGCUUCAUUUCUCAUUAUUCACAUACUACACUACAUGGAAUUCAAUUAUUUAAUCUUACUAUAUAUUGCUAUUGCUAUAACAUACUAUGUGUUUGCGCCAGUUCACUACACAGAUGGAUUGGUGGCAUAAGCUUAGGAGAACUUUGACUGUUCUCUCCACCAGAAUCAAGCUUCGCAAAUCUGGGGCUGGUGGUGUUGCUGGAUGCCGAGGGUCCGAUGUGGUUGAAUUCGGUGACGAAUGCGGUGGAGGUGGAGGUGUUGGUGGUGGAUUGAUGAAACUUCGAGGUGAUGUAGAAAUGUGCGGUUACAGAGAUGUGGAGUUGAUGUGGAACAUGUUAGGCUUAAACCUCAAGCCUGAGGCAGUGGAAACUCCACGAAGCACUAAGCCAAAACUUACAAGGCGUAGCUGCAAGCAAAGAUUCAAUUCUAAGCUUUUCUUUUGGACUAACCAAUAAUAAACUUGUGCCUCAAAUAGUAAAUUUUGAAAGUUUUGUAGUGGGCACAAUGUUUAUUUUGUACAUGAUGAUAUAAUCAUAAUGAAUUUUAUAAACUUAUGUAAAUACAAUUUAUACAAGUAACUGUUAAUUUGUCUCUCUAUACAUUAUACAGAUAAUCGAAAGAAACGUCUUCUUGUUUCAUGUCAACUAGGUGACGGUUGAUGCUA